CUCCUCCACCACCUCCAUCGUUUAUACCACCACCACCUCCCCCCACCCACGUCGCUCUCGAUCCGAUCGCAGCAACAUCCGCCCGAUCCGUCGACGACGACGGCGGCGACCACCGCCGUUCGGUGAUCCUCCUCCUCUUCCUCCUCCUCUUCCUCCUUCCUCCUUCCCUGACGCCGCAUUCUCCGCUCGCCGCGAGAUUCGGCGUCGGGAUUUGGAAUAUCGCCGCGACUCGCCUCGGCCUUCCCUUGGCGUCCUCGAGAAUGGAUGACUUGUCUGCGAUCAGCGAGGAGCUCGCGGAGCUCGACGGACAGAUCUCCGACAUCUUACGAGCUUUAGCAAAUGGAUUCCAGAAACUGGAUAAGAUCAAGGAUGCCAACCGGCAGAGUAGACAAUUGGAAGAGCUUACAGAUAAAAUGCGCGAGUGUAAGAGGCUUAUUAAGGAGUUUGACAGAGAACUAAACGAUCUUGAGGGUAGAAAUGAUGCAGAAACCAGCAGAAUGCUCAAUGAGAAAAAGCAGUCAAUGAUAAAAGAGCUUAAUUCAUUCGUUGCCCAAAAAAAGAGAUACACAACAAAUCUUGAAAACAAACGAGUUGAUCUCUUUGAUGAGCCCAGUGAAGGAAUUGGUGAAGAUAAUGGUUUGCUCGCUUCAUCCAUGACAAAUCAACAGCUAAUGGAUCAUGGAAACCAGAUGAUGGAUGAGACAGAUCAAGCCAUUGAAAGGUCCAAGAAGACUGUCCAAGAUACUGUGAAUGUUGGAACAGAGACUGCAGUAGCUCUCAAGGCUCAGACUGAGCAAAUGAGCAGGAUUGUAAAUGAACUGGAUUCCAUUCAUUUUUCAAUCAAGAAAGCAUCUCAGCUGGUCAAGGAAAUUGGUAGGCAGGUUGCAACUGACAGGUGUAUUAUGGCGUUGCUCGUCCUCAUAGUUAUUGGAGUUAUAGCCAUCAUUAUUGUGAAAAUUGUACACCCGAAUAACAAGGACAUUCGCGAUAUUCCGGGGUUGGCACCUCCUGCUCCUUCUCGGAAACUACUUUGGGACCUAAACAAAGAUAGAUGGUGACCACUUUAUACAUUACCAUGUGGAAGGUCUCGUCAUGUUCCAAGUUGUUUGAUGGCUGUGACACCGCAGGCAUCCCACCCACGUCCCGCCCGCCGAAUUCACAGGCAAAUUCUCGGGAGUUUCACUAGAAUUCUCUCGGCUAUUCUGGCUAUUCUUUUUCCAUUAGAUGAGAAAUCUACUCAGGUGAUGGAGAUACGUGCUUGUAAUUUUUCAGACCCUCCUCCCCUCAAAGAUAGAAGUCUCCGGGUUACGUCAACUUUCUUUGUGAUGUAUUUGAACAUGGUCCAGAGAGUUUGCUGGCUUUCCUGUCUUUCUACCCAGUGUAUUAAUUAUCAUGAUGUGACUAUGCAUUCGUGUUUCCGAAACGGCCAAUUUAUGAUUAUAUCACAUUAUUUCUCUGA